AUGUUCAUUGAACUAUGUGUUGGUGUGACAGAUCCUGAAAAUGUUGCAUUUCAUGAGAAUAUUCUCAUACUCGUGUGUUCUCGAACCGCUGCUUGUGGUAAAGUUCCAGUUGAAGAAGGCACCACUGAAGUGAGUCGUCAUAUGGGAACGUUUCGUGGCAUCAUUGCGUUAUUGGCAAAAAAGUUUGCGAUAUUGUUUGAGUUUGAGUAA